AUGACCACUCUUACCCCUCGCGAACCCUACUCCCAGGAGGAGAUCAAUAAGCUCUAUCCCAAGGAAUUGAAGCUUCAGUUGGUGCAAGUCUUUCUAAGACAUGGCGAGCGCACUCCAGUUUCCUCGCGAUUUGAAGAAGCAGGAUUAAGCCCAUAUUGGCCAUAUUGCAAUGUUGCGCGUCGCAUGGUACAAAUGGCCGCCGGUAACGAACGCCUCACGUCCUGGAACUAUUUCCAAUGGCGAAGGAAAAUGGAAACAUUUGGCGAUAGAGAUCAGUCGAUAGUUACUGUUGGUGCCGGUGGUGACAUCGAGGGAAUCUGCCAGCAUGGUGAAUUGACAGACAAGGGGCGCGAAACGACCUUUCAGCUCGGCCAGCGGCUACGACACCUAUAUGUCGACCAGUUAGGAUUCAUGCCCAAGAUCAAGUCCGACACUGAAGACAUGUACCUCCGCGCGACCACUAUUCCCAGAGCUCUAGAGUCCCUUCAGCAAGCAUUCUGGGGGAUGUACCCUCCCAGCGCCCGCACACAGGAUCUUCAGCCGCCCGUUAUUGUCGCGCGUUCGGUAUCGGAAGAGACGCUCUUCCCCAAUGAGAGUAACUGCCGUCGAUUUAGACAGCUUGCUAGGCUCUUUGCCGACAGAGCUGCGAAGAAAUGGAACGACACCGAAGAAAUGGACUACAUCAACAGCGUCUACUCCAAAUGGAUGCCGGAAAACUCACCCCGAGUGGCUGUCGACUCUCACCCCCGUCUAUCCGGUAUCCAGGAUACCAUCAACGCAAGCGAUGCUCACGGGCCCGCGACCAAACUCCCCUCUGAAUUCUACAACAAGAAAGCUCGGUCAUACAUGGAACAAAUUGCCGUCGACGAGUGGUUCACUGGUUACAAUGAGAGCACCGAGUACCGUAAACUAGGCGUCGGGGCUUUGAUGGGCGACAUCACCGACCGCAUGGUCACGACUGCUGUAGACGGCGGCUGGCGAAGCGAAACCGCCGCUUCUGGCUCUUCCGCCUCAAAUGGCAAGGCUAUCAAGUUCGCCAUGAGCGGAUGCCACGACACAACCCUCGCCGCUAUCCUCGGAAGUCUCGGCACCAUGAACGGAAGAUGGCCUCCUUUCACCUCAUCCGUCGCUGUUGAACUCUUCUCCCACGCAGACCAUACCCACGACCCCAGAACAGCCAUCUCUCCUGCCAGUACCUCGAAGCAGAGCAACGGUGGUCUUUUCUCUUUCUUCACCGGCUCGUCUUCCUCCACCUCCUCGUCAACCAAGACACACCUUCCUCCCUCUCCAACGGCCCGCACACCACUCGCGGCGCUUCCCGACUCCGCUCGCGAGUCCCUGCAAAAACACUACGUCCGUAUCCGCUACAACGACGUUCCCGUCCGCAUUCCUGGCUGCGCCGCGAAGCCAGAAAACCACCUGCCCGGCGAUGACACAUUUUGUACUCUCGACGCAUUCAAGGAAAUCGUCGACAAGUUCACUCCGCAGAACUGGAAGUACGAGUGUGUACAGAACCUGGGAGAGGGUAUGUAUGGGAAGGAUGGUAAGGAGAAGGCUGUCUCUGGAUUCUAG